UGUCAAGUCAGGAAGUGGCUGCAAACCUGUAAGUGUUGACAUUAUGGAACAAAGUCCUUCAUUCAAGAGUUUAGUUCAAGACACAAUGUAUUCGGACAGCCCUGUAUUAGUUCCCAGGAAUGAAGAUAAUGAUGAUUCUUCAAUUUCCCUUACGAAACUGUCAAUAUUCUUAUCGACAAAACCUGUUCGCGAGCUUGAUGAUGCGGCGGUUAAGGUUCAGAAAGUGUAUAAGGGUUAUCGCACGAGGAGAAACCUUGCUGAUUGUGCAGUUGUGAUUGAAGAGCUCUGGUGGAAAGCUUUGGACUUUGCAGAGUUAAAGCGCAAUUCAGUUUCAUUUUUCGAUGGUGAAAAGCAUGAAACUGCUGUUUCGAAAUGGACUAGGGCUAGGGAUAGGAUAAAAGCUUCCAAGAUGGGUAAAGGAUUAUGCAAAGAUGACAAAGUUCAAAAGCUAGCUCUUCAGCAUUGGCUUGAAGAUGUAAGUUUUCCAAUUGAAAAAACUAUGCUAGUCUAAAGAAAAAGAUCUAUAAUUAUUUUCAAAAAAGUGAACUCAUGUUUGUUUAUCACGCAGAUUGACCCUCGCCAUCGAUAUGGACACAAUUUGCACUUGUAUUAUGAUUUAUGAUUCAAAAGUCAGAGCGCUCAACCGUUCUUCUAUUGGUUGGACAUUGGAGAUGGGAAGGAACUAAAUGUUAAGUCAUGCCCAAGGUCCAAGGUCCAAGCUGAAACUGCUGUUUCAAAAUGAACUAGAGCUAAGAUAAAAGGUUCCAAGGUUCCCUCUUUUUCCCAUCUUGAUUUCAUAUGUUAGAUGAGAAAUGGGGUUUAAUUUAUAAAAUUUUAAUUCUUCUAGGUGGGUAAAGUU